GUGUUUUUGCAGGGAAAAAUUUAUGAUGUGAAAUUCGAGAUAUUUCAUUUUCGACCGCUGCGUGAGUGGUUAUGACGAUGUAUCGUGCUCCCGACAGCUGCUGUCCUCAUGUGACACGAUCUGUUGGCGACGUUGGACAACUUGUUUUGAAUGAGCAAACUUUAGAAUUAUUGAAGUGUGGUGUCUGUGGGCGAUCCGAAAAGGCACUAUGGCUUUGUCUGUAUCCAAUGUGUUUUGCUGUUGGUUGUGGCAAGAAAGGUGAUGAUCAUUCGUCUGCGCAUUAUUUGGAAAAUGAAUUGCACUGCGUGCAACUCAGCCUGUCCACGUGGCGUCUCUGGUGUCACGCGUGUGACAGCGAAGUUUUUUCAACCAGUAACGAUCCACCGCUUGCGUUUCCUGUUCCGUGUAAGUCACGGAAGCGCCAGAAACGGGACAGCGUUGUUCCAUCAACUGCAGCGAAGAAAUGCGAGCAAGUGUCGGAGCACGGGAUCACGUCGUCGUCUUCCUCGGUGUCUUGGGAUUCGGGGAUAUCCAGUGGCCACCGUUCGCUCAAGGUGCCACUGUGGCCCGUCGGGGCAGCACCCGCGACUGAGGACGUUAUGGCCUACGAUUUUUUCGAGACCGAGGACUGGUCCGAGGAUGACGACAAGGAUGAUGGUACGCCGAUGCUGUUUCCGCAAAUGGGACUACAGAGGAAACUGGGACCAAGAAGAGGGCUAGUCGGGUUCGCGAACCUGGGUAACACAUGUUAUCUGAAUGCGGCGCUGCAAACAUUGUGUCACGUUCAGCCGCUGGUGGAUUUCUUCAUACAUUGUCGGAAAAACCUGUCGAUGGCUGCCGAAGAAAGGUUGAAUGCGCCAUCUGUUGGACGAUCAGGUGGUCGAAACGUCGGCUUUGAGCACACCGGCGCCGGAGACGAGCGAAUGACGUCCAACGAUCCACAAAUUGCGUUGGCGUUCCGGAAAAUUCUGGACUCCAUGUAUGAGAAUGUCACAGUGGACUAUGUUGCACCGUGGGGGGUUCUGAGAGGGAUUCGAAUGGUGAACCCAACCUUCCGAGGUUACCAUCAGCAAGACAGCCAGGAAUUCAUGCGAUGCUUCAUGGAUCAGCUGCAUGAAGAAACGAAAUAUCUAGUCAUCCGUGAUGCGAGAGGGUUUCAAGAUUUUGUUGAGGCGGCAGCGGAGAAUGGGGGUGCCGGUGACGAAACCUGUGAUGCCGUGUCUGAGGAAGAAGCUUAUGAAGAUGUUCAAGAGCGGGAGAGUACGAAGAGCGACGAUGAGCCGGAGGUCAACGGCGACGAUGAGCGAGGCUACGAAACUUGCGACUCGGGACUCAGCAACUCCACAUCGAGUGAAGAAUCGCCUAAUCACGGAAUGGCUGAAAGAACGCGUUCUGCGAGGAAGAAGCAAAGAUAUCCGUCGAUUCACUUGCCAUCUAGCCCAACUGACGGUGAUUUUCACUCGGGAAGACAUGCUAGGUUCGGGGAAUUGCCUGCUGGAUCUGUUCCUGAGGGCAACCCUCAGGGUUACGAGAGGCGUCGUGCUCGUCCGUGUUCUAAACCUCGGUAUCGACAAGCUGAUGCUGAUGACGCUUCCGAACACCGAGCCACGAUAAAUAAAAGUUAUAAAAGUGUUGUUUCGUCGGUCUUUGAUGGCAAACUCAUUAGCUCGGUGCAGUGUCUCACUUGUGCUCAGGUUUCUUCAACCCUCGAAACGUUUCAAGAUUUAUCGUUACCUAUUCCCGGGGGAGAAUCGUUGCAAAGACUGCGGUCAGCCGGAUCAAAAACCUCAAUGUCCACGUCGUCUCUUGGACCAAUGUGUGAAAGUGCUGCGUUCUCCUCGACGGUUCCUCUGUCGGAUCAGCUAGAUGCGAGAGCCAGUGUGCCCGGAUGGAUUUCCUGGUUUUGCGGAUGGCUCAAGUCCUGGUUGUGGGGUCCGACUGUGUCCCUGCAUGAUUGUUUGGCUGCCUUCUUUUCUGCGGAUGAGCUGAAGGGUGACAACAUGUACAGUUGCAAUACGUGUAAAAAGCUGAGGAAUGGCAUGAAAGUGAGCCGGGUUCUUGAGUUGCCGGAGGUCAUGUGCAUUCACUUGAAGCGUUUCAGACACGAGUACCUGGGAUCAUCAAAGAUUAGCACGCGUGUCUCUUUCCCAUUGGAAUGCAUCGACAUGGGACCGUACCUUCAUAAAGAUUGCAAAUCACGGGUUACAAAAUACCGUCUGGUGGGCGUCAUUUGUCAUAUUGGAAACUCGUUGGGUGGAGGUCAUUAUGUUUCUUAUUGUUCGACGGCUGCGAGAAAAUGGUUCGAAUUUGACGACCGGAUUGUGACUCGAGUGACGCCAGAAAUCGUCGCAAAUACGGAGGCCUAUGUUUUAUUGUACCAGAAAGACGACCCCAUGGCGUGGCUGAAACGUGAACGUAUUUUGCAAGAAUUCAGCAGAAGUUUAAACGACAUGGAUUUCAUGCACUACUAUGUUUCGAAAGAAUGGCUUGUGAGAUUCAACACGUGUUCUGAACCGGGUCCAAUCGAUAAUUCUGACUUCCUCUGUCCUCACGGCUCUGUGUGGCCUCAUAGAGCAGCGUUUGUUCAAGAAUUGUGUGUGGAAAUCCCUCAAAAUGUUUGGGAGGAGCUGCACAAAAGUUUUGGCGGAGGCACUGCUUGCAACCGGUUGCAAAUAUGUCGAGUAUGCGAGGAUUGGCAAGAGAAAAUUUUCACGCGUCAAGCCGCAGAACUUCAGCGCUACCAGGAGCUCUAUGAAGAAUUCCAAGAAUGUGAUUCGUCCGUGUACGCCAUUUCAUUACCGUGGUUCCGCCAAUGGCAAGCCUUCGUUAAAGGGCGGAUGUUCGACAUCCCCGGCGCCAUCGACAACAAGCAGAUCAGCAAAACCGUCGCUGGUCGUCAAAAAUCCCAACUUCGUCAUUCUUUCAAGUCCGACUUCGUGGAAGUUUCCGAAGACAUGUGGAACUGGUUCCGGAACGUGUAUGGCGGCGGACCUGCUGUUUUGCUGAAAGAAAUCCGGAAAGAAUCGAUCGCUUCCGGAUUCCCCAAGGGGUUCUGAACUUGUUCGUUAUUAUUUUUUCCGUGGUUGAUUGUUUUUCCGUGGACGAAGAUUUCGAUGGACGGAAAUUUCGUUUUAUUCGUUUUAUUUGUUGUUCAAAUUGAGUUUGCAGUUAUGAUCUCUCUGAAAAUAAUCUUGCUACUUUGAAAUGGGGGGUUUUGCUCACCGGUUUUCCGGGGAUUUUUUUGUUGACUUGGUGUGUUGAUCCAAAUACCUAUGAAUCGGUCUCUUUUUUUCUGUUUAAAAUGCAGGAAACAACCUGAGCUUAUGACCACCUUCAGUCAGUCAUUUUUGGAAGAUAUGAACUGGGAAACGGGAGUCUUAUAUAUUUCGAUCGUAUAAAUAUAUUUCAAAGUUGCGUAUCUUUUUUACGCAGUCAUCCUAAAUUUUGAAAUCACGUCCUUGAAUAAAAGUACAGUACUGUUUUUACAGUAAAAGGGCUCAUGUUAUGGCGAAAUUUUGCUCCCCAAAUAAUUUUUAACACACUGUAGUGUGAAACAUUUCGGGUUCGUGAAGCCGGUGAAGUUGAAUUGUUUCCGCGAUUUAGUAGAAUUUGCUGACAAAACUACCGUGUUUCCCCAUGAAUCAGGCAUCGUAUUCUGAUAAAUUUUGCAUUACUUUUUAGAAAUUCUGUAAAAUGAAGCUUAUGAAUACAUUGGGUUAUUAUCUACUAUGGAAAAUUGUUGUUCUAUUCUAAAAUGUAAAAAUGAGAAAAAUCUGGGCUUCAUCUGAGAAAUUGAAGUAGCAGAAUAAAAGUCAGGAUUGAUUUUUGUGACCAAUUCCUGUAUGACUCAUUGCCCUAAUUGGAGUGCUAAAUUGUGAAUUCAUCCAAAUGGUGUACCGUAAAAAGGUAAUUGUGUUUAUAUCAAAGCUUAUUUUGGGUCGAGGGCUUAUAUUUUUCGGUAUUGGUGUCUGAAUAUAGUAGUGUGAUUUACUUCAUGAUCAGCUCAUAUUUUUGGGGAAGCACAGUAGUAUGUUAACAUCGGUUCAUGUUAUACGUUCGUGGUGUAGGUUUUCUCUCCUUUAACUUUCGUUCUUGCUUCGCACGUUAUCGUUCUUGCCAUUCGUCUGAUUUGUCACCUGAUGAGUGGUCUUGAAUGUUUCAUUGAGUUGAAAUAUGAGGACUUGCCCGUGGGUUGACGGUACUAGGAUUGGUUACCUGGUCUUGUUUGAAUGCUGGAAAAAAAGUGGAUAUAUUCAGCAGCUAUA